AUGGGCAACAGUAACAACAUAAGAAAUUCAAAUAUUAAUAUAACGUCUAAUAACAAUAACACCCUAUUAUCAAAUAAUACCACAGCAACAACAACAAUUAAUCAACAACAAAACCAAGAACACCAGCAGCUACUACCACAGCUGCAACAUAACGAUUAUCAAAUACCCUAUCAAUCAUCAGCCCAAAGAACUAAAAUCUCAGCUGCUGCUGCUGUUGCUACACUAAAAGCAGCAACACCAACAUUACACCAACAACAAAACCGCUUAACCGAAUUGUCACUAACCACAACGAUACUGGAGACGUUAAAGUAUUGUCGUUCCCCGGUCACAGUGACAACGUCUCAACUGCGAUAUCAAAGGCCGCCACCAUCGCCAACAUUAUUACCUGCAGCGACGACGACAAUAACAAAAUCACAGCGACAGCGAAAAGUCGCUGCAGCAGCAGUAGCAGCACCAAAUCGAACAGCAACAACCUCAUCACCAACGUUAGUGACGACGACGACAGCGACGACGCCGUUUGUGGCGGAGUUCGCAGUGACGUCGUCCUAUGGAAAAUCAACGAAUUCUACAAUCACCUCAGCAGCAGCAUCUUCGCCAGCAUCGCAAUCGUCACCACUAAGAACAUCAGCAUCGCCACUAUCGUCAGCAUCAUUGCCAACAAUCUCUCUGCGUUGUCCACAGUUGAAAGUUGAUCAGCUGUGCUAUUGGCUUAAGUCAUCGUUUCAUCUGACAAUUGUAUUCUUCAUAAUAUUACUGUUGACAAAAUCGGCAUAUGCCAAUAAUAAUAUACCAGAAGAUGCUGUCCAUAUCACAGCCAUACUCGGUGAAGGUGUCAUCUUCAAUUGUCACGUUGAAUUCCCCAAUGAUCAUCCAGUCCCGUACGUCCUACAGUGGGACAAGAAGGGUUCCGAUCUACCCAUCUAUAUAUGGUAUGAAAGCUAUCCCGAACACAUUGAAGACGGCUAUAAGGGACGCGUCUCACGUGUGGCACCGGACUCACCGUUCGGUUCGGCUUCACUUAAUUUGACCAACAUCAAAGAAUCGGAUCAAGGCUGGUACGAGUGUAAAGUUGUAUUUUUAAAUCGUGAUCCGAAACAGCAUAAGAACGGUACAUGGUUCCAUUUAGAUGUACAUGCACCGCCCCGUUUUAGUGUAACACCAGACGAUAUAAUAUAUGUUAAUUUAGGUGAUUCAAUUAUAUUAAAUUGCCAGGCAGAUGGCACACCCACACCCGAAAUUCUAUGGUACAAAGAUGCUAAUCCCGUUGAUCCCUCGCCUACUGUUGGCAUCUUUAAUGAUGGCACCGAAUUACGGAUCUCCACCAUACGGCACGAGGAUAUUGGAGAAUAUACUUGCAUUGCACGCAAUGGUGAGGGACAAGUCUCCCAUACGGCCCGUGUUAUAAUAGCGGGCGGCGCUGUAAUCAUGCCGGAUAACGGAAAUGCUAAAAACAUAAAAACCACCAACAUCGAACAACGACAAGAAAAACAACUCCAACCAAAAUCCAACAAGAGCGCUGGUGGUUCAAAUGUUAAGUCCACCGCCAUCUCCACAACUGCUGCGAGCAUCGUUCCCCCGGCAACUCAGGCUCCGGCUUCGGUGAACAGUCAAAAAAACAAGAAAACCAAAACCAACACGGCCCGGAAACUUCUAAAAGCCAAUGAUAAGAAAAGUAGAAUUUUUAUAAAA